AUGGAUGACUAUUCAGAUGAGGUGGCACUUAUGCAGGCACAGCUUGAUGUGCAAGUUGCCAGAAUAAAUCUUCAUACAUAUGCUGUUCAAAGACAAAGGGCAAGGCUCAGACAGCAGAAGAAGCGAAGGCGCAGAUUCUGGUUUCGCCCAUGGCUUGGCAUCGAGAGGCGGAGGAGUUUUGGUCUUUACGACCAGUUGAUGGUCGAGCUGCGAGCUGAAGAUCACAAUUCCUUCUGCAAUUUCAUGCGGAUGCCACCGGAUAUGUUCAGUGAGAUCCUUCGCAGAGUCGGACCAAGAAUCACCAAGAAGCAUACAUGGUUCAGGGCCCCUAUUGAGCCUGGAAUGAAGUUAGCUAUAACACUUCGACAUUUGGCAUCAGGGGCCAAGUAUAUGGACAUGCGCUACGGAUGGAGGGUUCCGCAUAACACAAUCUCAAAAAUUGUGAGAGAGGUUUGUGGGGCGAUCGUGGAUGAGUACAUGAACGAAGUGAUGGCAGUGCCAACAUCACCUGAAGAGUGGAGGGUCAUCGCAGAUGGCUUUCGCACAAAAUGGAACUUCCCUCACACGCUUGGUGCAUUGGAUGGUAAACAUGUUGCAGUUCGGUGUCCACCAAAGUCUGGUUCAACGUACUUCAAUUACAAGAAGUUUUUUUCCAUAGUGUUGCUAGCUCUGGAAGAUGCGGAUUACAAGAUCAUCUGGGCCGACAUUGGAGGUCGUGGGGCAGCAUCAGAUGCCCAGAUCUGGAACGAUUCCGAUUUGAAAGAGGCAACAGAGUCUGGAGAAAUCAAUCAUCCCCCGCCAGAUCCUCUCCCAAAUGACACUCAGUCCGUCGAUUGGUUCUAUAUAGGUGUGUAUUGUUAUAAGCAUUUGUGUCGUAUUGGAAUAAAAUUGUACAAGUUUCCCUUGAUUGUUAAUUGUAUACAGAACAGUUAUGUGAUCAUUAUGUUCAAUUGCCGUCUUUUUAAGGUGAUGAUGUGUUCGGUUUACGCAACUUCAUGCAGAAACCGUUUUCCCAAAGAAGAAGAACGUAUCUUCAACUACCGGCUGUCGAGGGCUCGCAGGGUGUCAGAAAAUGCGUUUGGGAUCCUUGCAAACAGAUUUCAGGUUAUGCUGACCACAAUGCAGCAUGACCCUGCGACUGUGCGUCUGAUCACUACUACUUGUAUCGUGCUUCACAACCUCAUGAGGACAAGAUACCCGACAAUGCAAAACCAGCUUGUUGACCGAGAGGAUGCCAACCACCAGCUCAUCCCCGGAGCAUGGAGACAGGACCGCCAUAUGGAAGACUGUGUCACUGUCCAGGGGCCAAACACAGGCAACAAGGAGGGCAAGCGGCUGCGCAAUCUCAUCAAACACUGGGUAAACUCUGAUGCAGGAGAAGUGUCAUGGCAGGACAACAUGAUUUAAAGGACAUAUUUCCCAUUAUAUUGCUAAUUGUGAAAAGUAGUAUUAUUGAAAUAAAAAAUACAAAGCCUGCCAAAAUAAGAAAGUAGUUUUUUCUUUAUCUACACUCCACCCCAUACACAAACAACAUCAAAGAUACAAGCAAAUAAUUGUAAUUUUAAUGCAAAUUAUUUAACUGUUAUUUACAGAUAUUUCAACAAAGUCCAGAA